CCCGCCGAUUCGUCAUCCUCCCUCUUUCAACCCCUCCACAUACACACAUCCAUCCCUUUGCUCCCCUCCCCCUCCCCCUCCCCCUCCCGCCCCUCCGAGCUUUGUCACGAUCGCGCCCGCCGGUGACACGCGCAUUCCGACCUCGCCCGCAGACUCUUUUCUUUUCGCCAAUCGCUCUGCAACAAACACACGCACACGCAUAGCAUACAUAACGCCCACGCACUGAUCGACCUUUGCGGCGCAAUCGAGACCGCCAAUCGGAAAAACCAGCAGCCAUGGAUUUCAACAGCUCGUCGCCGUUCCCCGAGGGCGUCAUAUCCUUCCUCGACACCGAUCUCUACAAGCUGACGAUGCAAUGCGCCGUCUUCAAGUAUUUCAAAGACGUCCCCGUCACCUACGCCUUCACGAACCGCACCCCCGAGAAGAAGCUGUCGAGGGCCGCCUUCCAGUGGCUGCAGGACCAGAUCCAGAAGCUCGGCAACAUUUCCCUCUCGGACGAAGAAUACCGCUUCCUCAAGACGCACUGCGAUUACCUCGGCGAUGAGUACGUGCACUUCCUCAAGGACUUCCGCCUGCGCCCGCGCGAGCAGGCCGUCGCGACCUUCCACCCCGUCGGCGACGACACGGGCGCCGACUCGGACGUUGGCGACCUGCACGUCGAGAUCAAGGGCGCCUGGCUCGACACCAUCCUCUACGAGAUCCCCCUGCUCGCCCUGACCUCCGAGGCCUACUUCCGCUUCAUGGACACGGACUGGAGCUACGAGGGCCAGGAGGAGCAGGCCUUCGCCAAGGGCAUGCGCCUCCUCGAGGCCGGGUGCACCUUUUCCGAGUUCGGCACCCGCCGCCGUCGCGACUACCACACCCAGGCCCUCGUCUUCCGCGGCCUCGUCAAGGCCAGCAAGGAGGCCGCCGCCAAGGGCUUCGCCGGCCGCCUUACCGGCACCAGCAACGUGCACCUGGCCAUGCGCUUCGGCAUCCCGCCCGUCGGCACCGUCGCCCACGAGUGGUUCAUGGGCAUCGCCGCCAUCCACGACGACUACAAGGCCGCCACCGAGCUGGCGCUGCGCUACUGGGUCGGCUGCUUCGGCGGCAAGCUCGGCAUCGCGCUGACGGACACGUUUGGCACGCGCGAGUUCCUGCGCGCCUUCAGCCAGCCGGUGCAUACGAUGGACGGCGACGAGAGCCGCUUCAAGACCGCCGACGGCAGCAGGCUGCUGACGUACGCCGAGCUGUUCCAGGGCGUGCGCCAGGACUCGGGCGACCCGGCCGACUACGUCAAGAUGCUGCGCCAAUACUACGACAGCCAGGGCAUCCGCGACAAGACGAUAGUCUUUUCCGACUCGCUUAAUAUCGAGCGGUGCCUCGAGUAUAAGGAAAUUUCGGAGAAGGCGGGCUUCACGCCGACCUUUGGCGUGGGCACCUUUUUGACCAACGACUUUACGCACCUCAAGACGGGCACCAAGUCGGUGCCCCUCAACAUCGUCAUCAAGCUGAGCUCCGCCAACGGCCGGCCGGCGAUCAAGAUUAGCGACAACAUUGGCAAGAACACGGGCGACAAGGAGACGGUGGACAAGGUCAAGAGCCAGCUCGGCUACGUUGAGAAGGAGUGGAAGGGCGGCGAUGAGACGCAGCGCUGGGGCAAAGAGGAGGACAAGGCAUAGGGGCGUGCUGGUGCCAUUUAGAGCGCGCCCGGCGACGGGCUGGGGGGAGGAUUUUUUCAAGGAGUUAUCCAUGAUGGCACUGCAGAGCCCGGCAUCAUGACAAGGCAGGGCGGCAGGGGCAAGAGGCCUCUCAUUUUGACGACGGCGAGGUAUAGACUUUUCGUAAGAUACCUAUUGAUUGAUACAGGAAUCGAAUUGGCCGAGUGCCGGCAGAGAGAGAGA